CGGCACGAUGCGCACCAACGCCACAGUAGCUCAGCGCCGCGCGCCUCAUUCCAGCCUCCUCCGGGCGCCCGAAUUGCUCCGAGUCGUCCAGAUGCCAUCGAUGCUCCUACUACUCUUGGCGGCCACGUUCAUGGCCCGCAGCGUGGCUGCAGAACCUUCCAUCGGCGAUGUCAUCGGUCAGAUCAGAGAAAGAGCCGCCGCCACCACGGAGGACGGUAGCACGACGACACCCACACCGCCCAACAAGACGAGGAACGAGCGGAUACUGGAGCAGUGGUCCAAGUUCGAACUCAACCUACAGGACCUGGUGGAUAGCGUGAUCAGGAAGGUGCUACCGACAGUGAUACGGCGCAGCUCCGAGCUGGAGGUGUCUCCCGACUGCCGCGACGCCCUGCUCAAGGUGGUCUUCGGUAUACGACAGCUCAAGCGAUGGGCCUUCCAAUUCCUGGAUGCGGCGGGAAAGCCUGCGGGCGGAAUCCUGACGGGCACGCUGACGGCCUUCGGCUCGUACGACCAAUGCGUCGCCAUCGAGGCCCGAGACUCACCGGCGGAGGAGCCCCGGUUCACGGGCCGCUACUGCACCGUCGAGCUGAGGCCGCCCAUACCAAAGCGGCCGCGCUACUACACGCUUCACGACCAAGUGCAGCUCUUCAACAACACCACCAGAACCAAGGUGACAGGCGAGAUAGCGGAGAAGAUGCACUUCUUCUACUUCCUCGUGUACCGCUACGGAGUGUGUGUGCCAUCCACCUGCCAACGGGAGGACGUCGAGACCAUCGCCGCCAGCCUCGUCAAGUCUGCAGAGUUUGAAGUCAAGGUUGCCAACUGCGAAGUGAAGGAGGACAACGCUAAGCUGAACGGGGACCAGACAGCCAUCGUGACGCUGGUGUGCAUCCUGACGGCCAUAGCUCUAGCCUCGACUGCAGUUGACUUGGUCAAGAGGGCCAUGCGGAAGCCCGAAAAGAAAGAGGCAGAAGCCGAAUCUCUGCUGUCUCGCUUCACGACGUCCUUCUCCAUGGUGCGUAGCCUGCGCAGCGUCUUCCGGCCCGAGACAAGCCUUGGCCCGCUGAGCGCCCUGCACGGACUUCGCUCCCUAACACUGCUCUGGUUCAUGUUGGGCCACAUCUUCCUUUUCGUCAAUUACCAGUUCUUCCGAAAUCUGAUGAUCGCCGUGGGCUUUGCCAAGGACUUCUCCUUUCAGAUGGUCAUCAACUCGACCCUGGCCACGGACACAUUAAUCUUUCUCAAUGGCUUCCUCUUCGGCUACCAUGGCCUUGUGGACCACGAGUCGACCGGCAGACGGCGGCAGCCCAUCUUUAGCGUGCUCCAUAAAGCAUUCAGGGCUGUGGUGGCGAUGCUUCUGGCAACCAUGGUCGCCAUUCUUCUUCCCGUCAUCGGAUCCGGUCCCAUGUGGAAAGAGACCAUGGAGAGUGUGGCUCAGAACUGUCACGACAACUGGUGGCUGAACGUCCUUUUCGUCAACAACAUCUUCGUAGCGCCCCACGAAAGGUGUCUGGAGAUCACCUGGUACUUUGCAGUGCUCAUCCAGUUGUGCCUCGUCGGCAGCGUCGUGAUAUUCGUCCUGCAAAGGCGCUUCUUUCUGGGUGUGGUACUGAACGCCUCUCUGGUGGCCGUGGGCAUUAUCUCUAUGGGCGUGCUGACAGCCACCUACAAGCUGCCACCAACCGUUCUCUUCGCGCAGGCUGACAUCAACUCGCGGCUCAUGAUGGAAGACAUCAUGUACCAAAAACCCUGGGCUCACUUAGGCCCCUUCUGCAUCGGCAUCGGUCUCGCCUGCAUCGUCACGCGAAAACCCGUUGUCACGCUCAACCCGAUCCUGCGAACAUUGGGCUGGGUCUGCUCUUUUCUCUGCGCCGUGGCGGUGGUGUUUGGUGCCUACCGAUGGAACUGCGGUGAUGGCGUGGAUACCGCACAGGCCGCACUCUACGCAGCUGUGCAUCGCUCUGUGUGGGCCUUUGCCGUGGCAUGGGUCGCAUUCGCUUGCGUCACUGGAAAAGCAUGGUUGGUGGGUGACUUCCUGUCUUGGCCGGCGUUCGGGCCCCUGAGCCGCAUGGCGCCGCUGGUGUUCUUGCUGCACCCGCUCGUGCAGAACAUCUUCACAGCCUACGUCCGAGAAAGGGUCCAGGCCGACCAGCUCAUGGCCCUGUUCCUGUUCUGCGGCCUUUUCGUGCUCGGCUACCUGGGAGCUGUGAUCUGCAGCGUGCUGGCCGAUGCACCACUGCACUCCCUCGAGCAGCUGAUGUGCGAGCGCCUGGGCUUGAACGGCGCCGGCCGCGAGGGAUGCCCACGCCGCUUCCUCGAGGUGGCCAAGCCCGUGCUCAAGGCACUGCCACUGCCCAGUUGCACCAAGAUCACCAUACUGGGCGAGAAGGCUCAACCGCCAGCAGCAGCUAGCACCGACGCGAACCGCCUGCCGCCCGAGUGUCGCCUCUAGAAAGCAAAGGACUCUGCACAGAACGAAGCACGGGAGGCGGCAAUGCCCGCCACACUCGUGCCUCUGCGCUUUCCAAGAGAUCUACGCGUUCGUCCGCUGGGCUAUCGAAGGUGACCGCGGGCGCACCGCGAACAGAGGCGGGCCCCUGCUCAGGGCAGUAACGCUUUGUCCCCUUCACCCCCCCCUUUUUUUGUUUUAGACUUCGCUCUCACGAGGGGCUGGAGGAGGCUUUAAAGUUCGCUCAUUUCAUUCGCUCCCGCGUCACCAGUCAUUCUUUCCAUAGCCGGCACGGCACGCUUUCAUAACGCCCUUGAUUGGUCAGGUUCGACGAUCGCUGUCUACGGGCCUUCUUUUCAUUUGUUGUUCCAUAAGCAGCGAGCUGGCUCACAUCGCAGGUAGCUAUAGUAGCGCAUAGUUCUGCAUUGUGCACUCGGUUACUACGAGGUCAUUUAUGUAUCCGCAUCGUGGGUUCAGGAUCACUUCUGUGACGGUGUGGAACGCUGUUUGAGCAGAUUGCUUGAAGCACGCUAAAGAAGCGCAAAUGACUCAUUUGCAAUGGCCCAUGCGCAACGUAGCUUUUGGAUGCCUCUUCACCGUGAAUAUUUAGCGCGCGCCUUAAGUAGCCACUGCGAAGCAUAAUUUGGCAACAGUUGUUUCGCUGAUGGAUGCACCAACAUUCACAAAUCUUAUAGCACCAUUGCCAGUAGUAAUUGCCGGUGGGACUAAAUGACCCCGACGAAACGUCUCUAGUGGCCAUACUAUCAAGAGUGUGCACUGUUUUCCAAAACUCUAAUUUGACCAGGUCAGAUAAACAACAUUGACCGAAGAAUUUCUUGGCGAAAGCCCCUGCUGGCGUAUUGCGCAUAUACUAUAUUGCCUUGUUAAGCCUUCUGCCAUGUAUACAAUAGGCGAAUGAUGCCUGCAAAGCGCUGUAGAACAAAAGAGACAACAGUGAAAAAGCAUGUGUUUCAAGCAACACUACCAAACAUCGAAGUUGAUUGUUGGGUUUAUAACGCGAAUAAAGUUUCUCGUGUCGAUAAAGUUGCUUACAGAACAAAGUAUUUCAAAUCUUCAAUAUUUAUCAGCAUUUCGAGUCAGUGGGACAUGCGUGCAGUUUAAAAUAAAGAAAAUAGGUAGGUUGAAGUCGCAAGUGAAUUGAAUUUAAUGAGAUUUACAUUUCUCCACAUACAUUCGUAGGUCUGUGUGUUGCUCCUCGUAUGAUGGCAGUUAACCUUUCUCGCACCGGGCUUAUAGAAGUAAGGUACUCGCAGUCGUGAGAAGGUUGAAUCUUCUUGUACCUUAGAGAACCAUGGUUAACUGCAGAUUAUAUAUGAAAUUCCUACCAAAUAGUCGCAACGACGUCACCACUUCCUUUGCAACUCGUCUCGAGCUAUUGAUGACAGUACAAUCACAUUUUUCACGCAGUUGGUAUGGGAUAAGAGUACAGUUAUAAACGCUGUGAAGAGAAAGGUUUUUACUUCGCUGCACAUCACUUUUUCUAUGAGCACUAUGCCAAGAGUACAAUACAUUCCAGACAAUUCCGUGGAUGGUGUAGUACCUUUAACUUCUGCUAAUUCCAAGAUAAUUAUAGGUUCAGGUCGCUGAUUGAACACUGGCCACGUCUACCGGAACACUGCUUUCUGUUUUGAACAAAUCCAAAUCUUUCCCUAAAGCCCACUUGGGGGUAUUCAUAACAAAGAUAUUUUUAUGACUCCGCUUCGAGCGUCGAGAAUGGGGUCCCAGCUUCGUGUAUCUUAGGCGCUGCCGGCUUAUAUGACAUGAGUACUACAUAGUGUCUUCGUCGAUGAUCUGAGAGCGAGGAUCCCGAUAAUAAAACCGUGUCAAAUUGGGCCCCGUUGGGCGCCGUCUAAUCUGUAUUCGCACGCACACAAGAGCUUAACGAAUCCGAUUACGGUUCGUUCCUAAUGUUCCAAUUCUGUUUGUGCGCGCUUCCCCCGGUGAUCGCAAAGGGUGAAGUGAAACAGUCGGUUCUGAGUCAAACGGUGAUUACUAAGAGAAUGUUGGUUAAGUUUUUGAGUGUUUACACGUAAGAAAUGUAUUUUUAUUGUUCUUUUUCACCAUAAGCCGGACGGCGUGGUGAAAGACAGUUGUUACAUUGUUGGAGCCAUAUAGUUUAUGUUUUGUUGACGCGAAUCUUAGUUUAUGCAAACCGCACAGGCCAAAGUUCGUGCGUAACCAGCGUGCCACCAUACCUUGCGGGGGAAAAAAGAGACAUUACGGCGACGAAGACGCAUACAAAAAGAAUCAUUACAAUGGUGCCAUCAGCAGCUAGCGAGUUCGAGGCAGGUAUUUGCUACCAAGUGUCCGCGAACGUGGCAGUUGUGGCGAGCGUUUCCUGCACCUGCUGUCUCAUAACUCCUUUGUUACCGUUUUAUCAUCUCUUUGGUCUUUUUUUAUCAAACCCGAGAGCUUUCGCUCAGGUCAACUCGUUCCAAAGCGCGAUACACCUUGUAAAUAAAGACACGCGUCACCUGGAAUGGGUCAUGCUCUAUGUCUAUUUUCAUUCCCCUUCAAGACUGUACAUAUCGACAAUGUAACCAAAUUAUCAAAUAAAGACUGAAUACCCUGUU